AUGAGACGAUGUUCAGAUAAUUGGGUCAACGCUACACAGAUCUUGAAAGCUGCUAAAUUCCCCAAAGCCCAUAGAACUAGAAUCUUAGAAAGAGAAGUUCAAAAAGGUACUCAUGAAAAAAUUCAAGGUGGUUAUGGUCGUUUCCAAGGUACAUGGAUCCCAUUAGAAGUUGCGCGUCCUUUAGCUCAUAAAUAUAAUAUUACUGAUGAUAUGGCUCCAAUUUUAUCCUAUGUUCCAGAUCCAAAUACUCCAUUACCAAGAAGAACUAAAGUUAAACCAACACCAACUGCAUCUGCUCAACCAAGUACUAAUGGAAGUGAUCUUGAAAGUCCCUUAAAGAAACCUAAAAGAACUUAUAACACCAAGAAGAAGAAAGCUGAAGCAGCAGCUGCUGAAAAGGCUAGAUUAGAACUACAACAACAAAGAUCUUUCAAUGAAGCUCAAAAUUUAGCACCUUCUCAAGAAGAUAUAUUUUGGCAACAACCAAAACAAAACUUACCACAUUUACAAAAUGGUGACUUAUCUCAUCAAUCUAAUAAUUAUUUACCUCAACAAUUUCCACAAGUACCUCAACAAGCAACAUUUGGACAAUUUCAACCAGCACCACAACUUCAUCAUCAACAAAGCUUUCAACAAUUACAACAACAACAACAGCAACAACAACAACAACAGCAGCAACAACAACAACAAGCAUAUAGAUUUCAACAACAACCACAACAAUCUCAACAACAUCAAAUUAUUUCACAACCUCAAUUUUAUCAACCACAAGAAUAUCAACAACAUAGACCCACAGGAUCAGCUGGUGAAAAUUGGUCUCAAGAUGAUGGUUCUUUAUCAACUCAAAUGGAUGAAGUUAUGAGAGACUCUGAUACUUCAAUAUCAUCAGGUCAUUCUUCACCUCAAAAUUCAGAUAUUAAAAAUGCAAAAGUUAUAUAUACAGAAAAUUUAAUUCAAUUUUUCAGUAAUGAAACUGAUGAAGUUCCACAAGUUUUACAUCAUCCACCAAAUGAUUUUGAUUUUAAUGAACAAAUUGAUGAAGAAGGUCAUACUCCAUUACAUUGGGCAAGUGCAAUGGCAAAUGUUCCAUUAAUUGAAUUAUUAUUAAAAUUUGGUUCAGAUCCAUUGAAUCCAAAUUCAACUGGAUUAAAUUGUAUUUCAAGGGCAAUUUUUUUCAAUAAUUCAUUUCAAAAAAAUAAUUUCCAUAAAUUAGUUGAUCUUAUGAAAAAUUGUCUUUAUACUCCAGAUAAAAGUGGUAGAACUCCAAUGCAUUAUAUUUGUGAAUCUAUAAAGACAAAAUAUGAUACUUCAAAAUAUUAUUUAGAAAUAAUAUUAAAUAAAUUAUCUCAAGGUAAUGAAAAUUUAUUAAGAAUUGUGGUUAAUCAUAAAGAUUUUAAAGGUAAUUCUGCUUUAGAUUUAGCAAAAUUUUCAAAUAAUCCUGAAUUAGUUGAAUUAUUAACUCGUUAUGGUGCUGUUACUUCACCAACACAGGAAGAAGCACUUGAAGAUAUUCAAGAAAAUGGUAAUGAUACCGUGAGUUUUAUUAAAGAAGAUUCAAGUUUUAUUAAAGAUGAAGAUGAAACUUUAGAUGCUCCAAUCCCACCAAUUCCAAGUUUACCAUUACAAGAAGUUGGUCCAAUUUUCACUUCAAUGUUAAGUUCAUUAGCUGAUGCUUAUGAUAAUGAAUUGAAGGCAAAAGAAGAAGAAAAUGAACAUACGAAAACUAUAUUACAGGAUUUGGAAGCUGAUAUAAAAAGUACAGAAGCUAAGAAUCAAGUUGUUUUAGCUCAAAUAGAUAAUGGAUCUUCAUUAGAUGAAUUGUUAAGCAACAUUGAAAAUUUAGAACAAGUUUGUGAACAAAAGACAAAUCAUUUAAAUAAAUUAAUAGAGAGAAGUCAAGCUUUAAGUCUGGCUAAAUUGGUUCAUAAGGAAGAAUCAUCUAUAAGUUUGAUGAAUAAUAAUUCUAAUGAAUUUGAUUUAGCAUUACAUUUAACUAAAUUACAAUUUAAUAGAAGAGGUGUUGUGGAAAAAAUAUUGAAUGAAUUAACAAAACAAAGUAUAAAUAGUAAGAUGAAUAAUUAUAGAAGAUUGAUUUCAAUUUCUUGUGAUUUAAAAUUUGAAAAUAUUGAUGAAUUAAUUGAUGAGAUUGAAAAUGAUUUAACUUCAACAGCUCAAAAAGCUGAAUAA